AUUCGUGCGGUCGUCCUGCGGAUUGUAAAUUCUUCUCCCUCAUAAACCGUGAAUCCUUUGCGACGCGCGACUUUGGGCCGCUUGCGAUUACCGGAAUAUAUCACUUCCACUGCCGGAGAGUGAUAGUUGUGCUUCAGGUUAUACAUUCGCAGACCAAAUUAGACAUGCGAAUAAAUUGUGCUGUGGCCCAUAACUGAACCAAAUUGAGAUACAAUAAAAUUAUUUAAAUCAAUAAAGUGGUAGACAAAGAAAUAUAUAGAAAGUGAAACUAAAACAAGAAACCAGGAAGUACUCACCGCCGCCGUAUAACAGAACAGAUCGAAAGAUGGCUGUCGAUGGCGAUGCUGUCUAGAUAAUGCCACAUGGAGACAUUUCCUUCGAACGUGCCGUAACUCGAAAAAAUGGGCCAGAUGUCAAUGAGUAACUGGGCCGAGGCAACCGCACCAUCGACUACGACACCAACAACUGUACCGUCGAAAAAACAACUAUAAUUUGCACGCAUGUCCCUAUUGGACCGAAUGGCAAAUGAUAGCUCUGCUGAGCGAGGCGAAAGUACAGCUGAAAUACACUAAAAGAGGGGCAAGAGAAAAGGCCAAGUAAAUGUCGCUGUUGACCACACUUGUCGGGCUAUCAACGACGAUAUUGCUGGUGAUGCUGUUGCCAGUGGCACCUCAGCACAAGACGGAAGACAAACACCAGCAGAAUGCCCGGUACAGCAUGGAGCAGAAGUUCUCGUUGCCCGCCGUGCCGCUGCCGCCCCCGCCGCCCUUCUCGGCGGCCAAGCACAACUUCUCCAUGAACGCCUUUGCGGGUGAUCACAGUUCAGGGGGUCAAAGCAGCCCCCCACGCCUAGCCGGAACCAUCAACGGCAGUUCCGGCUGCGGAGGUCUCCUCAAGGCGAGAAACGGCAUCAUUCAAACGCCCAACUUUCCACAUCGCUUCCCCACACCCAUCGAAUGCAUAUGGAUAAUCGAUGCUUCCGACUUGCCCACAUCCCAGGGGAAGGAAAACGUAUCGAUAGUGGUCUACCUGACACAGCUCUACGUGCUGAGCGGUCUUAAGCUCACCGAGUACAUGUACUACUCCGACGACUUUAAGGUGCCUGCCCACCGCGUCUUCACGCUGACGGAGGACGAAGUGACCCAGGUAUCCUGGGUGCAGUUCCACAGUCAGUACUUGGAGAUACGGUUCACGAUGGCCACCUUGGACGGAACUCAUUUACGGGCACUGGAUCGCCUACUCGACGUCUACGGCUUCAACAUUACAUAUGAGGUGCAGCACGAUGUGAAGGAAUCGCAGUGCAACACUCUCCAGUGCCGCUUUCUUGGAGAUUGCUAUGCCAGCGCGGACUACGGUUCGUACGGUUGCGCCUGUUUUCCAGGCUUCAGCGGCAGUGACUGUGGACAUGGUCCCUUAUGCAAAGACGUACAUACAAACGUGUGCCAAAACGGUGGAACCUGCAAGCACAUCGGCGAUGCGGCCAUAACUUGCCACUGUCCAAUGGGGUACAAAGGAACCAGAUGUGAAAUACCCGAAAUAAACAGGACCACGCAGGGAUGCACUGUUAAUGCGAGUUCCAUCGAUUGUCAUAGUGCCUGCAACUUUGACAGCUACAUCGGCGCCAGUCCCAGUUCCGGCCGGAGUUACUCUGUCGUGAGAGGCAACCCCAGUUCGGCACGCAGCGGGAAGACUCGUUACGAAGUGACCAUGCGACUCGGCGCAAAUCUAACAGGAUAUUAUCGGUAUGCUGAGAGGGAGCAGCUGUCGGGUGUCAUGGAACGACAGCUUGGUCGUGUCUUGCGCAACUUCAAUAUUACCAAAAUCAGCGAUCUUGAACUGAUUUCGAACUCCACCGAUCGCUUGGAUAUGACUUUUCACUUUUUUGGGGUCAAAGGUGACUCGCAGCGCAUUCGGGAGGCAAUUACCCGAAUGGUGGAGCGUGGAAGAAUCGGAAACUUUACAUUGGUUGCCAAUUUUCAUCAUUUCGACGAGAAUCCGCCGUUGAAUUUGCUGGAUCUGAGCGUCAAUCAACCGCAAGGAAGCGUGCGCGAGGACAGCGAGUUCAUCAUAUCCUGCACCGCCCAGGGCUCAUCCCGCAUGCAAUUCCAGUGGUUCAAAGACGGAGCCGCGGUAAAUGCCAGCAAGGCAACGAGGGAAAUCUGGACCACUGUUCUGCCACCUGAAACCAAAGAUGUCUAUACGGCGAUUCUGGGCGUUAACAAGGCCAGUCGGAUUGAUGAAGGUGUCUACAGCUGUAAGGUCACCGACUGGGGCGUAGAGCAGUGCCGGUCUCUGCACAUUCACAUCAAGUCGCCGCCCCGUCUGAGGGUGGAUCCCGCUAGUGUGACGUUGCAGCGAGGAGAUUCCCUGCGAGUGCGCUGCCUCUCGCCCGGCAACGAUGACAUCAAGCGAUACGCCCAGCUGGGCUACAGCUGGACCCGAAACGGGGUGCUGUUCCAGUCGAACACAGCCACUGCCAUGUGGGAGGAUCUCUACCCCGACGGCAGCAUACUGAAGAUCAACAACAUACAGAAGUCCGCGGAGUACGCCUGCCUGGUGUCCAACAGUGUGCGGCCAGUGUCUAAGAGCGUCUACAUCAACGUCAUUGAGCGCAAUGCGGCGCACGUGUGUCCGGCGGAGUCCACCUACGGUGUGCACUGGCCCACCAGUGCCCCAGGAGCACCCAUCAUUACGGACUGUCCGCGGGGCUUCGAGGGCCAUCUGCGUCGAGUCUGCGAGCAACGGGAUACGGGAAACUCCAGCUGGCUGCUGCCGGACUUCUCGGGCUGCGUGCGCGACGAGCUGCUGCUCAUCUACAACCGAUAUCGGGCCUUGAGUGCUGGGUUCCAGCAAACAAAUUCCUCGAAUAUACUGAAAGCUUGCUUCGACUAUACGAUUCAGAGACGCCACAGCUUUCUGCCCGGCGAGGCAAGCUUCCUCAUUGACAUGCUGCACGAGCUCGACACCUACUUGCAACUGAAAGGCACCCAACUAGAGCGUGAGAUGGCCGCGGAGAUUAUACUGCGCAUUCUGGAUAAAGUCAUGCAGAAUGCUCAAUCCUUGAACAGUCAACAGCAAAUUAAAAAACUGCAGCUGUUAACGCAAUCAGCGGCGCUGAACCGCGAGACAAUUGCGGCCUCACAAUUGGCCACAUCGACAAGCGGCAGCAGCCAGCCAUCGCCAGCUGACAGCUCGACGACGCUGACCGCACAGGGAAACGCCCGGGGCGAUGACAGCAGUGGCUCGGUGGCAACGGUGGGCGACGUAUCUGCCGGAUCUGCGGGAAAUUUGCAGGCGACUCGCUCCGGUGGUGGUGGUGGUGGUGGUGGUGGUGGGGAAGGCGAUGCCAGAGCAGGAGCCCCCAGCAUUCUGACAGUCGAUGAGGACACGCUGUCACUGGAUCGACUCAACUCGCUGCGAAUUUACAUGACAUCAGUGAAGACCCUGCCCUUUAAUUUGCGAAUUUAUGGCGAGGACCUGUUCUCGGAUCAACUCUAUAUGGAUAUCGGACUAUCCAGCCGCCUGCUCCACAUCAUGGCCAACUCGACAAUAUUCGCCUCUGUGAUCUCCUACAAGAACUUGAAAAGUUUCCUCCCCAAAACCUACUACACCAGAGGAAGCGAUCCCAGGGACUCGGACUAUGUGCUGGCUUCACGGAUUAUCCAGACCUGGCUGUUUCAGUCCAAUCGCUCCAACGACAACUUUCGAGAGCCCCUCGACUUGCCCUUCGAGUCGGGCCACGUGGAGAUCAUUUUCCAGCACGAGAGUGUGCCCAAAGCCGGUGAUUGGGUGGCCGUGUGUGGACACGACUACAAGGCCUCUUUCGAGUCCACUUGGCGAUCGGACUUGUGCAUCACCAAGCACCUGAUGGCCAACAUAACGCGCUGCAUUUGCCCGCUCUCUGGAACCUAUGUGGUGAUGCUAACCAAGCGCCAGCAAAACACCACGCAGUCGCAUGCCCCGCAGCGGCCAAUCUUCGUGAUCGCCAGCUGCGCCUGCUGUCUCCUCCAGUGCGGCUCGGCGCUCCUCAUUCUGGUGCCCAUCUGGUGCAAUCGCAAGUGCGCCAUUACCUUCCUCAAAAUCCAGUUCUGCAUCUCAACAUCGAGCGUGAUGCUCAUUUAUUUGCUGGGCUUCAUGAAAAUGCUGCCAGUGAACUGGCAUGCCAUCAUUAGCAGCUCGCUGGCAUCGCUGUUGUUGCUGGGCGUCUCAACGCUGAUUGCGAUUGCUUUGGUCAUACACACGGAGCUGAUGCCCAAGAAAUAUCUGCAGAUAUCUGCCGGCAGCAAGCCGGCGACGCCCACCAAGCAGGACAAAAGACGCCGCGAGCGCGAGAGUUUAAGCAACAUUACCCAAAUUCGCGCCCAGUCGCCGGUGGGGGCCACGGUGGGAGCCACCACAAGCUCUGGCAACAAUCGCAGGCCUCUUUCGGUGAACAACAAUUCCUCUCUGCAGGGCGGAGCGGCGGGUAUACGUGGCGCCAUUGGCAUUAGCUGGCUGCUGCCGCUUCUCUUCGCAGUUGCCGCCCCACUAAUCUGCAGCAUCAUUGGCAAGUGGCCGCGCCAUUGGUGGCUAGAUAUUCUCUCCACUGUGUCUUCUUCGGAUGACUCUGUCAGCAAGUCCGAUGCCGAACCAACGGAGUUUGAUGGCGUCUACUAUUCAACGCAUUCGCUCCUCAAUGGCGAUAAUUUACGACUGGAAUCGGAAGCGCUGCUGGGAAAUGCAACGAGCUCUCCAGCUGAGACAUCAUCAAUUGGGCUGGGCGAUGAUGUGGCCACGUCAACGUCAUCAAUCACAGCCGGCAGUGGCACUGGCAACAGCACUGGCUCCAGCAGUGACAGCAGCAUGGCAGUCGAAGUAGCUGCGGCCUCGACUUGGCCACAGCAACAACAGCAUAUGGCAGCCACUUGGAGCCGCACCACCUCCUCUUCCAGCACUUCAGGCUACGGACAGGCCGCGGCUCUAACUUCCGACCUGAACGGAGCGGCUUUUGCAUCGACAUCGACAUCGACGCCGUUGUCGCCUUCUCUGAGCUUCAUCCUGUUCGUUUGCAUCGAUUUUCUUUUCAUUUUUCUUUUCUUUGCUCUGUUUGCCAUUUUAAUGAAGAAACUUUUGUGGUUGUGGCACAAGAAUCGCAAUGUGCAUACGCAUCCGUUGGAUAAAUUCAAUCUGGCUCUCCAAAGGCGACUUGGCCUACUUUACAGGGCAGGAGGACUGCUGCUGGUUAAGCUAUGCACCGAUGGGUUCUUCAUCGUUUAUGUUAAUUCAUUACCGGAUACUCUAUGGGCAUAUCCGUUCGGCAUAUCGUGUAUAAUAUUGGGCUUUGGUAUCCUCUUUUGUUUUGUCAUCAAGGCUGAGAGCCAGCUGCGGGGGCCCCCGUUCCUGAGCAGCAACGGUAGCAGUCAGAACAGCUCGUUAAAGCAGACAAAGUUCAACACGAGCAAGAGCAGCCUGGACGAUAACUACUGCACUACAACGGCUAACGUCAACAGUCCAUUAAGCUUCUACACCAACCAUGACAAAGAGAAGGAGAACGAAUGUGCGGUAUCAUUGGCAAUGUCAAAUGCAGGAGUAACGGCUGCAGAGGCAGCCCAGGCAUCUUCAUCUGGAGCGAGCGCCCCGCCCCUGCAAUCAAAGGUGGGACUGGAGCUGUCCGGAGCAAAUGCAACUGGCGUUCAGCUGCCGUUGACAAUCAUUUCCACGGCGCCGCGUUGCCAGGCAGCAACUCCGGCUUCUGUGGCAAUUGGCAGCUCGACGAAGACCUUCCUCGGUGACCGCCAAACGCUGCCACUGACUGUUGCACCUUCGCCGGACACACGCUGCUGCGCCCUACUUAGUGGAGGAAACGCAUACGAUGCAUACACGAUGAGCAUGGGGAUGGGGGGACUUACAGGGAGCCUUGGAAGGCGAACGUUGCAUCAGCAACCAACUCAUUUCCGUUCGGGACCAUACGGGGACUUUGUGGGUGUCGAGACACUGGAUAUACUCCAAGGCGUAGCAGCAGAUAGCAUAAUUGGAAUUCACACCAGCGCCAUAAUGCCCUCGGCCACGUCCGCUUCUCAUUACGUUCCGCUGCAACAUAAUCCAUAUGUAGAUUUUGUGCCCAGCUCACUGAUACUCAGCUUACCAGCGCCCCAGUUGCCACCACCGCCGACCAUAAGUGGCAACCUGAGCGGUGCCGGGAUGUCCAGCGCCACACUCUCGAUGUCGUUACCUACACCAAACCCCAAGACGCAGAAGCGGGUGACUAUUCUGGAACCCACGUCAAGGACGACCUUCGACCCUCUGCUACCCACAAUGGUGGCAGCAGUGGUCUCAACUUCCACCGUCACCAGCACUGCGACGACGGCUGCAAUUCCUACAUCUACGCAAAGUGGCGAAGUAGGAUGUGGCAGUGGCAGUGGUGCUGAUGGCAAUAAUGCCACGCUAGAUCGCAUCACACUGGACCUCGACUAUUUAUUAAAUAGGGGAAAUUUGGAGAACGGUGAAGGAGGUGGGCCAGAGCCAUCGGCCCCCCAGCAUGCGCCCACUGACGACACACUGAAAAACUGAAUCAACAGCAGCAAAGUGAGCGGCACUAAGCCGACACAUUUAUUCUAUUUUGCCUAUACUAGUACUAGUACACUAAGAUGCAUUUACGAGGCUUCGAUUUUGAAUAUCAGGUGUAAAUAGGUGUAAAUAAAUGGACUAGACAAGCCUAAAGUAGAAAGCUCUGUGAAUAUUUCUGUUUUUAUGCAUUAACUAACAUUAACUGAAAGUUGUUGAGUAGUUUAAAAGCUGACACGUGACGGAUGGAAAACCAUGAUAGCAAUCUGAAUCCAAGUCACAGUUUAGCCCCAUUAUACGAGUAUAUCUCUCGGUCGGAGAAUACUAUGGUAUGCUAGGUUCUCAUAAUUGGAAAAAUAUCAUUUCGAGUGAUUUCGACAUCAAGCAUAACUAGAUUCAUAUUAAGAUUACAAAAAUUAACUAAGCGACAUCGCAUAUUAAAACCAACUGAGAGAAUUUAAACAAGAGGUAACUUUUUAGCUAGAUUUACAAAAGGGUACUAAACAUAACAAUAUGAAAACGAUAAAUUAAAGAGCGAGAACACUGAAGUGUGAAAAAGUUUUUGAUUCCAUUUAAUAUUUUCCUAGUCUUAACACAAAAUAAAGCCCAAUUAAGAUAUAAAAACUUACAAAAUACAAUAAUUGUAAUACUAAUAAGAAUAACAGGACUAUUUCUGCAACAAAAUUAAUUAUACAGAUAUAUCUUUAAAUAAACUCAAGACUCUUGUUAGAAAAACUAUGAAAAAACCGAAGCGAGUGUGAUUUUCUUUUCAAAUAUGAAUUGGACAAAGGUAAGGAGUCAUCUAUAAAUCUCUUCUG